GCAAGCGGCACAGUCUACCGGUGAACAUUAACCGCUCAACAUUGAUCAACAAACAACAAAUAAUUCACGGCCAAAGUCAUGAAUGUUUUAAUAAAUCUGGUUUAUUGCAGUGUCGUCGUUGUUGUUGUUAUUUUUGCUGUAACAAUAAGUUCGGUGAAAACCCAAGAAUUAUGCCGCAUGCCAAAUAAUUCGCCAGGAACUUGUGUUCCUUUCAAUCAGUGCAGCUUUGUAAAGAGAUUGCAUGAAAGGUACCAGGGAAAUGUUCCGCAAGCAUUCUAUCCAUACAUCCAGAAAUUAAAAUGUUCGAGGGACAAUGAACCGGUGGUACGCCUUUGUUGCGAACCUGAUACGAUUCUGAGACCCACAACAGCAACAACUCAACCGAGUACGGGAAGUAUCAAUUAUUUAUCAUUAAAUACCAUGCAAGAUUAUCAAAGUCAAUUGAAUGCGGCAGGCUUUAAUAUUCUUAAUGGACAGCGCUGUGGUACAGACAAUGGAAAUCGCAUUGCCGGUGGUAAUGUCACAAUGUUGGCCGAAUUUCCAUGGAUGGCUCUGUUGAAAUAUCGUGGUCCAUCGGGUGAUCAAUUUCGUUGUGGUGGUUCGUUGAUAACCAAUCGUUAUGUGCUGACAGCAGCACAUUGUGUGAACACAGUGGAUCCAGUUAUUGGUGUACGCCUGGGCGAAUAUGAUACAUCAACAGAAGAGGAUUGUAUAAAAUUGGGUCCAAGGUGGAGAUGCAAUCCCCCAGUGGAAGAUAUUGGUAUAGAAAAUAUUGUAGCACAUCCCGAAUAUAGCAAAAGUAAACAUGUCAAUGAUAUUUCCCUCAUCAAGUUGGAUCGAAAUGUUGAAUUCAAGAAACACAUUGAACCCAUAUGUCUGCCCAUCUUUUCAAAUUCUGUUCAAACUCAGCCUGAAGAUCAUUUUCUAAUAGCUGGUUGGGGAUUCACUGAAAAGGGCAGUACAUCAAAUGUUCUACUCAAAGCCCCCGUCAAACAAUUACCCGUAUCGACAUGCAGUCAGGAGUAUUCGAUUGAACUCAGCUUAACCCGACACUUGUGUGCCGGCGACGAUGUACUCGGUCGUGAUACAUGCGGUGGUGAUAGUGGUGGUCCAUUGAUACAAUUUGUCCCCUACAAUGGCAAAAGACGUUUCGUACAGUACGGAGUGGUGGCAUCGGGUCGUUAUGCUUGUAUCCUGAAAACAACAUUACCUGGUGUCUAUACGAACGUUAGCAAUUUUAUGCCAUGGAUAACGCACAAUAUUGUUGUGUAAAAUUUGGAUUAAUAUAGUUUCUAUUGAUGAUCGAAUAUUUUAAGGUAUUAAAUGUAAGAAAAU